AUGGGAUGGCGGCUGAAACCCCCCUCUCGGCCGGUGCUUGGAGCCUCGCGCCUGGCCCUGUCCCAGCAGCUGGGCUGCCCGGCGCAGAGCCGAGCCCCGCGGCCAGGUGGGGUCUGGACCGUGGCCCGUAAGGAGCGGUCGCUCUGUGAGCACUGUGCUGAGCGCUGUGCUGAGCGCGGCUGGCACGCUGGGGUGUGUGCCCAUCCUUCGGGCUCCUCUCCAGCUCCCCAUAACCUGCCUUUCCCACCCGGGUUCCAGAUCAAAUCCCAACAGAGCGAAGUAACCAGAAUCCUCGAUGGGAAGAACAUCAAGUACGAGCUGGUGGAUAUCUCCCAGGACAAUGCUCUCCGGGAGGAGAUGAGGGCGAAGGCAGGCAACCCCAAAGCCAUCCCACCCCAGAUCGUCAACGGAGACCACUACUGCGGGGAUUACGAGCUCUUUGUGGAAGCGGUGGAGCAAAACACUCUGCAGGAGUUCUUGAAGCUGGCCUGAGCCCUGGGCUCCCCUCCCGUCCUGGACUCUACCUGCAUUCCUGAGCACCCUCAUCUCCGACCACCUUCACUUCCAGGUUGUCAGCGCUGUCCUGGCACCGCGACCUGUGUCCCAGCAUAGGGAAACCCACGACCAAAACUACUCAUUGCAGCUGCCUACGAUCCCCUCCUGCCUAACCCUGAUAUCACCUCAGAGGGAUCCAAAGAAAGUCCGAUGCUCGCUGCGCAUGGCCUUUGAACAACGCUGGGCCUGGCUCACACCGCAGCUUCCAGUGCCUCUGUAAACAGCAAAGCCUCUGGGGCUGUGCGAAGUGCAGCCGUCCGUCGGCCCUCUCUGCAGGGAGAGCCUCUGCUUCAGGAGGGAAGGGCUUAGGGUUGCAUGUUACUUCCCACUUCUCCCAGUUGCUGUUAAAAUUGUAAAUCCUGCUGCCUCACUUCCUUUAUUUUUUUUUUUUCUUCAUCUCAACUGCAGAGAUUAAGGCAACUAAGUUGAUUUCUGUUCGUUUUGUUUUAAUGCAAAAAUACUGCACAAAGCUGGGGUCUGACCACCCGCUGCGGAGAAGGCCGGGGCUGGGGGCGAGGGCCGGUGUCACUCGGCAGGCUGCCUGGGGGGGAUGGAUGGGCCUAGAAGCGGGAUCCGCGCUGCCCCGUCUGCCCUCCGCCGCGAUGUGGUGCCAGGGCUCCCUCGUGAGCGUUAAUGGCUCAGGGCUGCUCCAGAACAGCUGAUGCUCCAGCUGUCUUAUCUUUCCUCUUUGUGUUGGCUUUUUUGCAACCUGGACCAAGUGCAUUUUGUUUUCCUGCCAAAAAAGCAAGUUUAUAACCAGUGUUGUCUUCCGAGAUGCUAUUAAAUGUUACUGUACCUUUCA